CAGACAAUAAGAUCCCCCUCUUUCUCUCUCGGAGCUCAAGCCAUGGCUACUGCCCUCACAGACCUCCUCCCGUCUCUCACAUUCCGCCAUAGCUUUCCCGCCAAAAACCUCCACCAAAACUCCCCCACAUUUCUCGUCUUCCCGAAACUUUCUUCUAACCUUCAUUCAUCUCGUUUGACAAAACACAACAAACAUGAGUUUCGAUUCAAAUGUUCAAUCGCCAAAGACUCAACAAUUUCUCCAUCAGCAGUCAACAAAGACGGAGAAUCAAAUUCUUAUUCAGUCGAUUGUGUAAUUGUUGGUGCUGGAAUUAGUGGUUUAUGUAUAGCACAAGCUUUAUCAACUAAACAUGGUGAAAUUGCUUCAAAAGUUAUUGUAACAGAAGCUCAGAAUCGUGUUGGUGGAAACAUUUCAACGAGGGAACGAGAUGGGUAUCUUUGGGAAGAAGGUCCUAAUAGUUUUCAACCUUCUGAUACUAUGCUCUCCGUAGCGGUAGAUAAUGGAUUGAAGGAUGAGUUGGUGUUGGCUGAUCCUACUGCGCCACGUUUUGUAUUAUGGGAUGGAAAACUGAGGCCUGUUCCAUCGAAACCAGCUGACUUGCCAGUAUUUGAUUUGAUGAGUAUUAAAGGGAAGCUUAGAGCUGGACUUGGUGCUAUUGGCAUUCGACCUCCACCGCCAGAUCGUGAGGAGUCGGUGGAAGAGUUUGUGCGCCGUAAUCUUGGUGAUGAGGUUUUUGAACGUUUGAUUGAGCCAUUUUGUUCAGGUGUUUAUGCUGGUGAUCCUGCAAAGUUGAGCAUGAGAGCGGCAUUUGAAAAGGUUUGGAGGCUAGAGCAGAAUGGCGGCAGCAUCAUCGGUGGUGCUUUCAAAGCGUUUCAACAGAAGGAUAAAACUCCCAAACCACCACGAGACCCGCGCUUGCCCAAACCAAAGGGACAGACAGUUGGGUCUUUUAAGAAGGGGCUGGCUAUGCUUCCUGCUGCAAUUUCUAAAAGUUUGGGUAACAUGGUCAAACUAUCUUGGAAACUUUCAAGCAUACAGAAAUCAAGUGGUGGAGGAUAUAAUUUGACAUAUGAAACACCAGAAGGAUUGAUUUCUGUCCAGGCUAAAAGCGUUAUCAUGACUGUUCCAUCUCAUGUUGCAAGUGACUUGUUACAUCCUCUCUCUAGUGCUGUUGCGGAUUCCCUGUCCAAGUUUUAUUACCCGCCAGUUGCAGCAGUUUCAAUCUCAUACCCAUUUGAAGCUAUCAAGAAGGAACGCCUGAUAGAUGGUGAACUAAAAGGGUUUGGCCAGUUGCAUCCGCGCACUCAAGGAGUGGAGACUUUAGGAACUAUAUACAGUUCAUCCCUUUUUCCUAACCGAGCUCCACCCGGAAGAGUUCUGCUUUUGAACUUCAUAGGAGGUGCUACCAAUACUGGAAUUGUUAACAAGACGGAGGGAGAAAUUGUUGAGGCAGUUGAUCGAGACCUAAGAAAGAUGCUAAUAACUUCGAACUCCAAGGAUCCACUUGUUUUAGGUGUUAGAGUUUGGCCGCAAGCCAUACCCCAGUUCUUGGUUGGUCAUCUGGAUACUCUUGCGGAUGCAAAACGUGGUCUUCAAGAUGGUGGAUUACAUGGCCUGUUUCUAGGUGGCAACUAUGUUUCCGGUGUAGCCUUGGGCCGUUGUGUUGAGGGUGCUUUUGAGAAUGCUGCUGAGGUAGCUAAGUUCUUAUCAGAGUAUUCUUUCAAAUAAAAACAACAAAUUUUGGCCAAAGAGAGAGAGAGUGGUCAAUUAAAGCUCUUAUCUUGGUUUGUUCUCUUAGCUAUGAACUAGAGCUAUGGCCCAGUGUAUUUAGGAUGAUUGGUUACACAACUUAGAUUCUUAGCAAUAGCUACUUCAAUUUUUUGAUCUGUUCAUUGGAAUAUGUGGAAAUGCGAAACUGAGACAGUGCCAAGGCCCUUGGUAUUUUUAGAUGUAAAUCCCAUUCAUCAGUUUUCUAAUAAAAUCUUCCAUUUUUCUCUUAAACAUAA